CUCGCUGCCCAUCGCCUGGCGAUCGCGCUGAGCCGCGGGUUCUUCCCAACAGUGACUGAUCGAUUAGAUAAUGAUAAGCCGCACGUCCUUCUACUCGCGAUAAACAUAAGAUCGCCUGUUCUUCCUGCUCUCUUCUUCGCUUUUUUGUCUGCCGUUGUCGCUAGGUGUUCAAGAAAAAAAGUGAAAAUGAGUCCUUCCGUAUCGUCUCCCUUUGUUGGAGCUCUAAAAACGCUUAAGCGGCCUGACCUCUUUAUCGCCGACGCCUUCGUGGCUGGUCAAUGGGUCUCCCCUACAAGCACAUUCCCAGUCUAUGAGCCCUCAACAGGACAGGUUCUUGGCUCGGUUGCAAACAUGACCCGAGACGACUUCGUGACCGCGAUCAAGUCCGCCGACAAGGGUUACCGCGCUUACAGUACAUCAACAACCGCCCACGAACGGUCGGCCCUACUCCGCAAAUGGUACGAUCUGAUUAUGCAGAAUAAGGAAGAUAUUGCAACAAUUCUUGUGCUGGAGAACGGCAAGACCUACGCCGAGGCUGUUGGAGAGGUUGCCUACGCGGCCUCGUUCGUAUCCUGGUUCUCGGAAGAAGCCUCCCGCGCUUAUGGCGAUGUCAUUCCUUCCUCGAUGCCAAACACCACUGUCAUGACCAUGAAGCAGCCAGUUGGUGUCUGCGGAAUCAUUACUCCUUGGAAUUUUCCCGCUGCGAUGAUUACGCGCAAAAUUGCGCCGGCCCUUGCUGUCGGAUGCUCGGUCGUGAUCAAGCCGCCGUCCGAGACACCCUACACGGCCGCGGCCCUCGUAAAGCUCGCUGUCGAGGCCGGUCUACCUGCCGACGUUAUCCAAUUACUACCAACCAAGGACCGCGAGGCUGCUACAGAAAUUUGCACCUCGCCUAUUGUCAAGAAAGUCUCUUUCACAGGCUCUACUAAGGUCGGUAUUCAUCUCUCAAAGCUAGCCAUGGGAACCAUGAAGAAAGUGUCCAUGGAGCUUGGAGGAAAUGCGCCGUUUAUCGUCUUUGAGGACGCAAACAUCGAUCUGGCUGUUCAGGGUGCAAUGGUUUGCAAGUUCAGAUGCUCAGGGCAAACUUGUGUUUGUGCAAACCGCAUCUUUGUACAAAAAUCUGUUGCAAAGGAGUUUACUGCAAAGCUUGUCGCAGAGGUCGAGAAGCUCAAAGUUGGAUACGGACUUGACAAGGAGACAACCCAGGGCCCUCUAGUCAAUCGCAAUGGCGUUGAAAAAGUCAAGCAACAUAUCGAGGAUGCGCUAGCCAAAGGCGCCAGACUCGAAACCGGCGGUGGUGUUCCCAAAGACGUUGAUCCAUCCGGGUUCUUUAUUCUGCCCUCUGUUCUCUCGGGAGUGACGACCGAUAUGAUGGUUGCCAGCGACGAAACCUUCGGACCGCUCGCGCCCAUCUUUGAGUUUGAGACUGAAGAGGAAGCGAUCUCGAUGGCCAAUAAUACCGAGUUUGGAUUGGCGGGGUAUUUCUUUUCCACCAACAUAGGAAGAUGCCUCAGAGUUGCUAGUGCUCUUGAGUGUGGUUUAGUAGGCGUUAACACUGGCAAGAUAUCUGCUGCUGAAAGUCCGUUUGGGGGUGUUAAGCAGUCUGGUGUUGGUCGAGAGGGUAGUAUGUAUGGAUUGGCCGAGUACUACGUCAUCAAGGCGGUUACCAUUGGAAACACCAAUGCCUAAGAUGUAUUCUAGUGUUCUAAUAUUUGAGAAAAGU